UGUUUGCGCGCAGGCGGAUGUGAGUGUGUGUUAUUGUGUGUGUGUGUUAUUGUGUGUGUGUGUGUGUGUGUGUGUGGCAGUGAUGGCGGGGACGGCGCUCAAGAGACUGAUGGCGGAGUACAAGCAACUCACUUUGAAUCCUCCAGAAGGCAUCGUUGCAGGUCCUGUGAAUGAAGAGAACUUCUUUGAGUGGGAAGCUCUUAUCAUGGGACCAGAGGACACGUGUUUCGAGGGCGGUGUGUUUCCUGCCCUCCUCAGUUUCCCCUCUGAUUAUCCCCUCAGUCCCCCGAAGAUGAAGUUCACCUGUGAAAUGUUUCACCCCAACAUUUACCCAGAUGGCCGUGUGUGUAUCUCGAUCCUGCAUGCCCCUGGUGACGACCCGAUGGGGUAUGAGAGCAGCGCGGAGAGGUGGAGUCCUGUACAGAGUGUGGAGAAAAUCCUACUGAGUGUCAUCAGCAUGCUUGCAGAGCCGAAUGAUGAGAGUGGAGCAAACGUCGACGCCUCUAAGAUGUGGAGGGAGGACCGAGAGCAGUUCAACAGACUCGCAAAGAAGAUCGUCCGCAAAUCACUCGGACUUUAACAUGCGCGCGCGCACACACACACCCACACACACACAUAUACACACAUGUAUACACACAGACACAGAGCACUUUAUGUGAGCCGAGUGUCUCUCCUCCUUCAGUGGACUGAUGGACAGAUGCUCCUCCUCCACGCGGUGUACCCUGGGGGGGGGGGGAGUGGGGGAGUGUAUGAAGCAGCUGAAGGACAGACGCAGUGUUUCCCCCAUUAGAUGUUUGUUUAUUUUCCUCAGUGUGUGAACUACAGGUUUAGUUUAUUGCUGCCUUACUGAGAUCCUCCUGAGGGAUUGUGGGUAAUGGGGGGGGGGGGGGGGGGGUCGGUAAUAGGUGUGUUAUAGGUUAAUUAAUAAUUUGUCUGAUUUUAAGGUUUUUGUUGGUUUGUUUCUCUGGAGUGAAGAUAUGCACCAAUAAACGCACCAUCCUCUGUG